ACUCACCGUCCUCUUACUUAAGUCAUUACUUAACUCCCGCCUAUUUAACUGGUCAGCUCAGCUAGCUAGAGCCCAGGACUCCGGUUAGCAGCCGUUCGGUUCAAGCAGCAACCUCCAUUAAACUCUCCAAGCCAACCCGACUCGAGUUGUCCCCCAUUACAAACCAUGACUAGCUACCAUAAACCCGACGAGAAGACUCUGCAGGGUCUGAAAGACAUCGCUAACAAGCUAAGGAUCAACUCCAUCAAGUCUACAUGCGCUUCUAACUCCGGCCACCCCACAUCAUGCUGCAGUGCGUCUGAGCUCAUGUCUGUGCUCUUCUUCCACACCAUGCGCUAUAAGGCAGAUGAUCCUCGUAAUCAGUGUAAUGACCGCUUUGUCCUCUCAAAGGGUCACGCAGCACCAAUCCUGUAUGCUGCCUGGGCAGAGGCAGGUUUUGUGAAAGAAUCUGAUCUUCUGAACUUGCGCAAGAUUGACUGUGACCUCGAGGGGCAUCCCACACCAAAAUUGGAGUUUGUUGACGUGGCUACAGGAUCUCUUGGACAGGGUCUUGGAGCUGCCUGUGGGAUGGCCUAUACUGGCAAAUACUUUGACAAAUCUAGUUACCGUGUAUACUGCAUGCUGGGUGAUGGAGAGUGUUCAGAGGGGUCUGUCUGGGAGGCCAUGGCUUUUGGCUCCUACUACAAGCUGGACAACCUGGUGGCAAUCCUGGAUAUCAACCGACUGGGUCAGAGUGAGGCUGCACCCCUGCAGCAUGACAUGGAGACCUACCGCAAGCGCUGUGAAGCCUUUGGGUGGAACACGUAUGUUGUGGACGGACAUGAUGUGGAGGAGCUUUGCAAAGCUUUCUGGCAGGCUCAGCAGGUCAAGGAUAAACCCACCUGUAUCGUUGCCAAAACAUUUAAGGGAAGGGGGCUCAAAAACAUUGAAGAUCAUGAUAACUGGCACGGAAAGCCCAUUCCUAAGGACAAGUUGGAUGAUAUCCUGAAGGACUUGCAGUCACAGAUUCAAGUCCCCAAUAAGACCCUGUGCCCUGAGCUGCCCAGUGAUGACACGCCACCAGCUGAUCUGAGCCUCAUCUCCCUGCCUUCACCGCCAGCUUACAAGAAAGGAGAUAAGAUGGCAACAAGGCGAGCAUAUGGGAUAGCACUGGCCAAGCUGGGCCAGGCAAGCAAGAGAGUGGUCGCUCUUGAUGGAGACACUAAAAACUCUACUUUCUCUGAACUCUUCAAGAAGGCCUUCCCUGAACGCUACAUUGAAUGUUUCAUCGCUGAGCAGAAUAUGGUGGGCGUGGCCAUCGGCUGUGCCGCCCGUGACCGCAUGGUUGCAUUUGCCAGCACAUUCGCUGCAUUCCUCUCCAGAGCCUAUGAUCAGAUUCGUAUGGGAGCCAUCUCUCAGACGAACGUCAACCUCGUAGGAUCUCACUGUGGCGUCUCCAUUGGUGAGGACGGUCCAUCCCAGAUGGCCCUGGAGGACUUGGCCAUGUUCCGAGCCAUUCCAACAUGUACAGUGUUUUAUCCUAGUGAUGCUGUGUCGACAGAGAGGGCUGUUGAACUGUCUGCUAACACGAAGGGAAUCUGUUUCAUUCGUACCAGUCGACCAGAUACUGCAGUGAUCUACUCUCCUGACGAGAAGUUUGAAUUGGGCGUUGCUAAGGUGGUGCGUGAGUCUGACAGUGAUGUGGCGACUGUGAUUGGAGCUGGUGUUACUCUACAUGAAGCCUUGACGGCCUAUGAUAUUCUCAAAAGCGAAGGAAAGAACAUCUGUGUAAUUGAUCCGUUCACCAUCAAGCCUCUGGAUGCCUCCACCAUUUUGAGCCACGCCAGAGCCACAGGGGGGCAUAUCAUCACAGUGGAGGACCACUACAAAGAGGGUGGUCUUGGUGAAGCGGUGCUCUCUGCAGUGGGAAGCGAGCCUGGAAUCGUUGUGACCCGGCUGGCAGUUUCUGGUGUUCCCCGCAGCGGGAAGCCCCAGGAGCUCCUGGACCUCUUCGGCAUCAGUGCCAAGCACAUCGUCACUGCCGUUCGCCAGACCUUCGCAAACUAAAGCGCUUUUAAAUUUUUGCACUUCCGUCACAAUCGACUGGUCCUAAUGUUAAGACCUGUUAGGCUCUCUGCUGCCACCUUGUGGCUUUGAAUCUGCAGUUCACCAGCCCUGCAUUGCUGUUUGUGUUGGAGUGCAGUGUGGUCAGCGCCCGACGCACAUUCUGGUCCACAUUUCCCAGUCCUUCCUGCCCAGCUAGAUGCACUAAACAAACACUUUGAAUACUGUAACAGGUUUUGUCAGUAGAUCAGAACUUCUCACACUCAAAGCAUCAUUCCUCAGAUUAACGAUUCCUCUCCCCUGUCUGUUCAUUCAUUGUAUUAGAUUGCAUCCAUUGCUUUGUCGUGGCAGCCUUAAAUGUUGAAGCUUUGACAGAGGUGUUCCAUUUUCACCAGAGUGAACUUAAAACAUGCCGAUAUGAGUUUUACUGCUGUUUAAAAUAACCAGAGUCCUCCUGUCGUUGCUGUGAUGUGCUGAAUACAAACAUUAGCUACUACUGUUGCUUGUCGUUUCACAUUGCGGUUAUCAAAUCUGUCAAACGUUCUAAUAAAACUAUUGAAAACUGUAA